CAAACUCUCGACUCCAGUCUGCUCUUGCGACAGUGAGCUCGCCCAAGCCUCACCGCUGUGCCUGCCAUCUGCCCUUGACCCGUCCGUCCCUGCUGCAAGCCAAGCCCGACGAGCAUCGACAUCCGCUCGACAACCAAGCAUGUCCCAAGGCAUGACCGACUAUGGCCUUGCCCGCGAUACUGGCUAUGCAGAUAUCAAUGAGAAGGACGACUUGAGCUCGAGCGGCCGAUCGAAAGAGAGCCAGCUCAGAAAGGACAAGCACAAUGCCAUCCUCGACCCAGAGCUGGCUUUGGCCGAGCAGUCGACAAUCCACGAAGGCCAGCAGAAAUUCAACAAGCUGUCGUGGCAGCGUCUGACAGUCUGCCUGAUCGUCGAGGCCAUUGCACUGGGUUCGCUCAGUGUGCCGUCUGCCUUCGCCACCCUCGGUAUGGUCCCUGGUGUCAUUUUGUCCGUAGGCCUUGGCCUGGUGGCUAUUUAUACUUCAUAUGUCGUUGGCCAGGUCAAAAUGCGCUAUCCGCACAUCGAGCACUACGCAGAUGCAGUCAGGCUGAUUUGGGGAAAAUUCGGAUAUGAGCUCACGGGAGCCAUGUUCGUCCUGUUUCUGGUUCUGCUGGUCGGUUCUCACGCCUUGACCGGCACCAUUGCCUGGAUUCGCAUCGUCAAUGAGCCGGGUAUUUGCGCCCUUGUCUGGUCAAUUGUCUCGGCCAUCAUCCUCUUCCUCGUGGCUCUUCCGCCAACUUUCCAUGAUGUUGCCGUCCUUGGAUACAUCGACUUCGUCUCAAUCAUUGCCGCUAUCCUCAUUACCAUUAUCGCAACCGGUGUCGAGGCACACCAGGCUCCUGGAGGUCUUGCCGCCGUCGAUUGGCAACUCUGGCCAGCCGAGGGCACGACAUUCUACGCUGCCUUCUUAUCCACCACCAACAUCAUCUUCGCCUACUCCUUCGCUGUCUGCCAAUUCUCCUUCAUGUCGGAGAUGCACACGCCCAAGGAUUAUGUCAAGUCCAUUUGGGCUCUUGGCUUGAUCGAGAUUUUCAUCUACACCCUGACUGGUGCCUUGGUUUACUCCUUCGUCGGACAGUCAGUCAAGUCCCCAGCUUUGCUGAGUGCCGGCUUCACCGUGUCCCGCGUCGCCUUCGGAGUCGCUCUUCCGGUAAUUUUCAUCUCGGGAAGCAUCAACGGCACAGUCGUAGGACGGUAUAUCAUGGAACGCGUCUUCAAGGACUCCCCGAUCAGGUACAUCCACAGCAAGAAGGCCUGGAUCAUCUGGAUUGCACUGAUCGCCAUCAUCACCAUCAUUGGCUGGCUCAUCGCAGAGGCCAUUCCAUUCUUCAACGCCCUCCUCGGUCUGAUCUCCGCCCUUUUCAUCUCCGGCUUCACCUUCUACUUCCCUGCUCUUUUCUGGUUCCAACUGAUUAAAGAGGGCAAGUGGUACGUUGGCUGGAAGAACAUUGUUCUCUCCACCAUCAACGUCAUCGUCUUCUUGAUCGGCCUGAUUGUUCUCGGCGCUGGAACAUAUGCGUCCGUGGAGGAUAUCAUACACCAGUAUUCCUCCGGCGAAGUGAGAGGCAGCUUUACGUGCUCAAGCGCCGCCUACGCAUGAUACAUAGACGGCAUUUUUCGGCGCUUGGAUAUGCCCCAACUGCAAGCUUUUGUGAAGCCGCUGCACGCUUGGAAUGUUGUAAAUGUACGAAUUGCAUAGCAUAGCAUAUGACUAGAUGACGAAUCAACGAAAUCAAGAAUUUGCCUUCCGAGGCACA